AUGAAAAGUCAUCAUAAUCAUAAUCUCCUUCAUUCUUCUUUCACUUCUGAAAACAACAACAACUCUAUCCUCCAAUUAAACUCAAAUAACCAAUUCACAAAAAACAUGGCGAUAUCACCUCAAACUUUUCCCACAACUAAACGACCACCUUCAGAGUCGUCGUUUAUCUCUCCAAACUUCACCAACUUCAACCUCCUCCACUCUCUCUUAUACCUCACCAAACAAAUAUGUUCAUUAAACGCACCUCCUUGGUGUCGUUUUCUCUUAAACAAAACCUCCUCUUCCAUCAUCCGUAAAACGCAACUCCUCGGCCUCGUUUUCGAAGACCUAACUCGCAAUUCUGAUUCAAUUUCAAUAUCAAUUACAACUUCAACUUCAACUUCAACUUCAACUUCAACUUCAACCACUCUUUGUUCAAAUUCUUUCGUCCUUUGUCUCGAAGAAAUGUACAUAGUGUUACACAGGAUCAAAGCCUUGAUAGAAGAUUGUUCCAAUGGUAGCAAAUUCGCUGUAUUAAUGCAAAUUGAAACCAUCGCUGACAAUUUCAACAAACUCACCGGAGAAUUAUCAACACUUCUAGAUGUUUUUCCAAUUCAUCAGUUUAACUUCAACGACGAUGUUUUGGAGAUUGUUCAUCUCAUCAGAAAACAAUGUUCAGAAUCAAAGCUUCUAUUAGGUGAAGAACAAGUUAGUCUCCGAAACGAUGUAGUUUCCGUUCUCGAAGGGAUUAAAAGAGAGAUUAUCCCGAAUCAGGAGAAACUAGCUUCGAUUUUUGAGAAAUUGGAGAUUCGCGAUUCGAGAAAUUGCAGUAGCGAGAUUGAAAGUCUUCAAGAAGAGAUUCAGAAUCGAAGCGAAGAACAAUCGAAAUCCGAUAUGUUUGCUUUGAUCGGCCUCAUUCGAUACGCGAAGUGUGUACUCUUCGGAGCAUCAACGCCGUCAUCGAGAAACGAAACACUCCGGCGGAAUCAGUCGUUGGAGGUUGUUGUUCCGGCAGAUUAUCGUUGUCCGAUCAGCUUAGAACUGAUUCGUGAUCCUGUCGUCGUGGCAACAGGACAGACGUAUGAUCGUGCCUCCAUCAAGUUAUGGAUUGAAUCUGGACACAACACGUGUCCCAAAACAGCUCAGACCCUGGCCCACACAGAUUUAAUACCUAACCAUGCUUUGAGAAACAUGAUAGCUUUGUGGUGCAGAGAACAGAAAAUUCCGUAUGAAGAUGAAACGGUAACCGUUAAAAUAAACGGCGGGGGUGACCAAUAA